GCCACAAUGUUAACUUUCCUCGCCACUGGGCUUCAGAGUCGUUCCACGAAUUGCGCGGAGUUACCAUUCAAUGGGUGCCGCCGUGUUCACCUAAACCAAGAAUUUAUGAGGAAAAAUGGGAUAUCAUCAGGGGAAUUGUUAUUCUUAAGUGCCAGUGCCGACCCCAAUCAGCCGUAUGCAUUCUCUACUGCUUGGCCCUCCGCCGAGCUACAGACAUCAUGUAUUGAAGUCUCUUCAUGCAUCUUGCGAACGAUAAAUGCUACAAACGAAGACAUGCUUUCGGUUGCAAAAAUUAUCUCGGCUCGUGGACCCCAUCCGGCUUGUGGGGACUUCCCAUUAGCACGAGCUAUAAUCGUUGAGGAACUUGACAUUACAUCUCAUUCCUUCGGGUUUCGGCAUGCUACUACCAACGAACGUAGUGAUUCAGUUUCUGAUUUGCUUUUACUCUCCCUCAAAGAGAAGCUUGUAGGAGUAAGACAUAUUUCAGAUCAGCAAAUUGUUGAAAUAAACUAUCAAGGGGUUAAGCGUUCGUUCAGAGUGGUUUCAGUGCGCACGUCACUUACCACGGCUGCAAUCGAGGACUCGUUCGGCGACCUUGCCCUCUGGGAAGGCAAGCAAUUUUUCGCUCAUGGCGCAUGGCGGGUUGGUUGGGACUCUGAUGUUUCAAUUCGCCAAACCAACGACGGUCUUGAGUCAAUUUCAAAGUACACCAUAGACCAAGAACUGGGAGGAUUGGAACGACAAAUUCAGGAAGUCAGAGAACUCAUCGACUUGCCUCUCUCUCAUCCUAAGCUAUACCGUCAAUUUGGGAUUAAGCCACCUCGAGGAAUCCUCCUUCACGGCCCUCCCGGUACAGGGAAGACUCACUUUGCUAAAACUAUAGCCAAAUCAUCUGAAUGCAACUUCAUGUCUGUGUCUGGACCUGAGUUAUCUUCUGCUUUCCAUGGGGAAACAGAGGCCAAGUUGCGAUCCGUGUUUCGGGAAGCAGAACUUCGAGCCCCAUGCAUCAUACUUUUUGACGAAAUUGAUGCCAUAUGUCCUAAACGGGAAGAGUCGGGUGCAGGCGUCGAAGCACGAGUAGUGACGACCCUUCUCACCCUAUUGGAUGGCCUGACCAGCACGCAAUCCGAAGCCAAUGGCAAGAGCUCGUAUGUGAUCGUUGUGGCCACUACUAACCGCCCAAACGCCAUUGACCCUGCCCUGAGACGUCCAGGCCGGCUCGACAGGGAAAUUGAAGUUGGAAUUCCUGAUGCUAAAGCGCGGCAUUCGAUCCUUUCAGUUCUACUGAAGCAGAUACCUCAUACAAUCCCACAGACAGAGCUCCAGCAAAUUGCAUUCCAGAGGACUCACGGCUUUGUUGGUGCUGACCUCGGAGCCGCUAUUCGAGAUGCAAGUAAUCGUGCUAUUAGACGGUUUCUUGAGGAAAAGGUCACUUCUGCCCCUUCUGUCACUUCCGCGGACCUUCUUCUCGCGAUAAGCUCCACUCGACCCUCAGCCCUCAGGGAGUACUUCGUGGAAACACCAACAGUCCGCUGGGGUGACAUUGGUGGUCAGUCGUUAGUAAAACAGAAGCUCCGGGAGUCUGUUGAAUGGCCUUUACUUCACUGGGAGACGUUUAAUCGUCUAGGCGUUAGGCCACCAAAAGGAGUCCUUCUAUACGGGCCUCCUGGCUGCAGCAAAACCCUGACCGCGAAAGCCCUAGCCACAGAAAGCGGCAUCAAUUUCAUUGCUGUGAAAGGUCCAGAACUGCUCAACAAGUAUGUGGGUGAAUCAGAACGGGCAGUGCGUCAAAUAUUCCAAAAGGCCAGACAGGCUGCACCUUCCAUUAUUUUUUUUGACGAGGUAGAUGCACUGGCUGCGUCGCGCUCUGGGGAAGAUCAUCAUAAAGGUGUUCUCACCAGUCUUCUAAAUGAAUUGGACGGUAUACAGGAACUAGUCGGUGUCGUGGUGGUGGCUGCAACCAAUCAGCCCGAAGUCAUGGACACAGCUAUCAUUAGGCCAGGCCGCCUGGACCGUUUGUUGUACGUGGGUCCUCCAGAUUCAAGCGCUCGGCUAGAGAUUCUGGAAGUGAUCACAAAGAGAAUGGCGGUGGAUCCCUCGUUGAAUCUAGAGCAGUUGGCGGAGCUGACGCAUGGAUGCUCAGGGGCGGAGAUUGCAUACAUGUGCCAAGAAGCAGCUCUAUUAACGAUGAAACGAGACAUUGGAUCUCUAUUUGUACACCAAUCGGACUUUAUUCAGGCAGCUCGCAAUAUUCAAAGGCAGAUAACACCGGAAUUGAUUACCAAAUUUGAAAGAUGGGGGCAAACCUGUGGCGCCGGUUAUUGAGUAACCCUCCAUAUUCGAAAAGUAUAUUGCGAAAGACCUGGUGAACAGGUUGAAAAUGCUACCGAAGAAGAGAGCCAUCAAGGUGCUUGUCAUGAUAAUUACGUUGUAAGGCAUGCUGAAAUCUGGAGUUGCGAGGUCGCCUAGCAGGAUGUGUGUGUAAAUCCGCUUCACCGUUCCAACGUCAGACAACGAGAAAAUGGCUGGAGGUAAAUCCCAACCACGGCUGGCAUCCGGAGGAUGUUCUGUGUAAGAGAUGGAUGCCUUGUUUAGGUCCAUUUGAAGGUUUAGACGUGACAGUGGCGGGAGGUUGAUGUUGGCCUCCAACAGCAGCGCCUGUUUUUGAAUGGGUGGAUUAUAGGAAAGAAUAUCCACAAUGUCCUCGACU